UUAUUUGUUCUUAAGCGUUGAGUCAUUUACGCCAGCAGGACGGCAAUCUCAUUCAUCAGUUCUUGUUGAAAACAAGAUUUAUUUUUUUGGUGGUGUAAUGGAUGAUGGUAAUUGUACAAAUGAAGUGUUCUAUCUUGAUUGGUCUAAACAAUUUAAUUCAGAGUUUCCGUCAUGGACCGACCUUACGUUAAAUUCAGGAUUAGAUUUUAAAAGUUGUUGGGCAACUGCUGUAUUGAAUGAUGAUACUAUUUAUCUUAUUGGUGGAAUUAUGGAUGAUCAAAAUAACGAUGAUUCAUUUGUCUCAUUGUUAUAUGCAUUUAACCCAAAAUCAGGACAAUGGAAUACACCUGCAAUUCAAGGAAAUAAACCGGAAAGACGUAGAAAUGUUCAAGCCAUUGCUGAUGACACCAGAAAUAUUUAUGUGUUUGGUGGAAAAACUGAUGAGAACUUGGGAUCAAAAAUUGUUCAAUUUUUUAAUGAUAUGUUAAUAUUAAAUGUUAAUGAUUUAACAUGGUCAUACGGUCCUAUUGCCAACGUUCCUUUAAAACGAGAUCUUUAUACUGCAUCAUUAUUAUCAGAUGGUAGGAUUGUAUACAUUGGAGGUCGAGAGCAAUAUGCUGAUAAUACUCAACAUGAAAAAUUCCCAAUUUACAACGAAAAUUAA